AUGUUGGGUUGGUCGUAUGUCCUCUCAGCGCGAUGGGCCGAACUCAUCCCGGGGGCAUGCAUCUCCCAAACCAAUCAAGACGCCCCCAACGGCUCGGGGAUGCCGGAAGUGGGCAAAGACCCUGUCCUAGUUAACAUUGGCCAAGCUGAAGAAAGUGCUGCGAACUGGUGGAAUUCCAUCUUGUCGGAAGGAAGCGGUUGGGAAGCGGAAUUCUGCAGCCCUAAGGGAGUUCUUCAGUCUCCGUGGACUGUCAAACUGGUUUCGGAACAGCGAUUCGUCCUUUCAUGCAAUUCUCCGGACUCAAAUUCAACCCUUGAGCAGGCUACAGUCUCUUCAACCGCUGCCCUUCGCUACUUAUCUGAUUAUUGCGACCUCCACAAUAUUCAUGAUCAAAGUCAAGCAGCCCUCACAGCCGCCCUGUCGAUUCCACUGGCCAAGUACGACAACAGGCAAAUUGAACUUGCCAUCCCUAAGCUUUCAAAAAAGUCAGACCAGAAGGAUAAAGGACCUCUGGCCUCGUUGCUUACGAUUGAGGCCCAUCAUCAAUUUGACCGACUUCUAACGCUGAGCUGCAAUCCGAGAGGUCUAAAAGCACUUCUGGACAGCAUCUUUUUUGAACCUGACGUGGCAUCCAACAUCUGUGGGAUCUGGCUACAGGGUUCAUUCGCAUUUCUGGAUGCAGUCAAAGAUCCACAUCAACUAUUGCGGACUUUGAUAAAGCGUGACCCAGAACUCGGGUUUCUAUGGGUUGGCGCCUUCCUGACCGGAACCCAUAACCGUUCCCUCCGAGAAGCCCGAGGAGGUUGGUGGGCUAUUGAUCUCAGUGCAGCUGCAUGGACAGGGACAUUCGCAUCAUUCAUUCAGGCCCCGGCGCUCUUGGAGACACUCGGUGAGGGAAAGAUUUCUCGUGCUGACGAAUGUCGUCUCUUGUAUCUUACGCACGGGGUCGACUAUACAACACCGCCGCUCUUCCCGUUUCCGCCAUUCGGCUCCACUGCAAUUGAAGACACGAAUUUAGAUGUCCACGAGCACGCGCUCUGUGGCAUGCCUCACCGUCUCGCGUAUGCAUGCUUUACCUGGUCCUGCAACGAUAGGAAAGAGGUACAGCAGUAUUGCCAAGAUCGUCUCAAGUCAAGUAUCCUCCGCUCGAAAAAUGGUCAAAUUACAAAUCAUUGUCAUGAUCAUAUUGUUGACAACUAUGAGGGGCUCGACUACGAUGACCUCGACUCAGAAGACGAAAACUCAGAAGCUGUGACCCGAAAUAUCUUUACAUGGCUUCGUGGUGAAGAUGGGUUCCCCGUUGCGGAGAGAGCUAUCCGCGAACAUGAGUGGAUUGAUAAUCUAGACUCGGACGACGAUAGUCCAAUCGAGGGGGAUGUCCGCUCAACAGUGGGGGGGAAUCUUCAUGGGUGGAUCGCGAGGGUAUCAACACAGAGAUCAAACUCAAUCUGA